CUUAAGGCAGUUUAUAUGCCGGAACCACUUAGUUCCUCCCUGCUUGAUUUUUAACUGCAAAAAAAAAAGGCUUUUUUGUUAGGACGCCGAGUAAAAGCUGCUAUCCAAUCUCCGCUUACAUGGAAUAAAGCGGGCUUCCUUUUGAAUUAAUAAAUAUGUAUCUCAUCCAUGGGCUUUCUAAUUCUGGGAUUAGUUCCUGCUCAGUCUAUGGCCCCCAGUUCUCUCAGACUAUUUUAAUUUCUGUACAACAUGGAUACUGAACAGAUUAUCGAGGGACAGCCACAGGUUCCAGAAAAUCCACAUGCAGAAUAUGGCCUUACAGAAAAUGUAGAGCGGAUAGUGGAAAAUGAGAAAACAAGUGCAGAAAAAACAUCGAAGCAGAAAGUGGACCUUCAGUCAUUACCUACACGUGCAUAUCUGGAUCAGACAGUUGUCCCUAUCUUAUUACAAGGCCUUGCAGUCCUUGCAAAGGAGAGGCCUAUAAACCCUAUAGAAUUUUUAGCGGCAUAUCUGUUAAAAAAUAAAGCACAGUUUGAAGACAGGAAUUAAAUUCAUCUGGAGAUUGACAAUUGAUUGCUAUGUUCUGUACUAAAAACAUGAAUCAUUGUCUUAUACAUAAAUCCUGCAAAACCAAAAAUUCUCAUCUACAGACCAUUAAUUGAAUUAUUUAAUAAAAUACCUUAUAUAAAUUAUGAAAUGUGUAUUAAGGUGUCAUGAUUCUCCACCAGGAUAUAAAUAUGAAAAGGCUAGAGUUUACAUCACAACACAUUUUAUUAUUUGACCUCAUCUAGUUCAGAUAUCCUUGGAAAAUUCACAGUUGAGAAUAAGUAAUUCCGAAAGUAUAGUCCUGCCAAUAGUUUAUUGAGCAUAAAUGCAAUGGAACUUGGAAGUUAAUUCUAAUGAAACAUGCAAGGAAAACUCUAUAACAAGAUAUUUAUCAGGAUAUAUUACUUUUCUACCGAAAAAGUAAAUGUAUGGUUGCUCUGGUAUAGUAUUUGGCACAUUUUGCAGAAAUAGGGAAGGAUAUCUAUAUAUUCAUAUUCAACGACUGUUUAUGCACUGUUGGCAAAUUAUCACAACAACAACAAUAACAUCUUAUUUCUAUGAAUAUAUUCAUUGGUCUUGUAGAAAUUUUACUUGUGGGAUACUUCAAUCAUAAUAAUGAAGUUGCUUUCAAAAUAUGAAUAAUGAAAGCUAAAGAAAAAAUCAUGAGAAUAAGAUGACUAAUGUGUGAAGGAAACAGCACAACUAAUGACAAAC